UAGAACAAUGAACGCCUAGAAACACCGGUUGUUGGAACAUCGAUGUGCAAGUGAGAUGGCUGCCAGUAGUGUUAAAUUAAAAGAUUGCGAAGUCUGUGGCGCAACGAAAGCGAAGUAUACUUGUCCGAAAUGUGAGGUUAGAACAUGCUCUCUCGUGUGUGUGAACGUUCACAAAAGAGAGCUAAAGUGUGAUGGGAUACGAGAUAAAACGAAAUUUGUUUCAUUGAAGUCAUUCACGGACUUGGAUCUCUUGAGUGAUUAUCGUCUUCUUGAAGAAAUAGGCAAAACAAUCGAUACAUGUAAAAGAAAUCCGGAGAAAAAAUAUGUACGUCAAGGUGUACCACUACCAUUAUAUUUACAUAAGCUGAAGGCUGCUGCAUUUUCUAAAAGAACAAUACUGUUGUUUAUGCCACAAAACUUUAGUCGUCGUAAAGCAAAUACUACAUAUCUCAAUUGGAAGACUAAUGAAUUGUUCUGGCGAAUAGAAUGGAUUUUCCCACAAGCAGAUAAUAUAAAAUGGACAAUGAAAAAGGUUUUAGAUACAACAAGAAUAUCAACUCUUAUAGAUGAAAUUCUGGAUCCUACCGUUUCACUAGCAGACAAUGUUGAUAUUACAGAGUUAAAUGUCAAGUUGUCUAAAAAUCUGUCUGAUAAAUUACAAUUUUAUAAAUCAGCUGGGUUAAAUAAUAUUAAAGUUCUCUUGAAAGCUGAAAAGGUGAAAAACUCAAGUUGCAGGUUUCAUGAUUUAGAUCUCACACUCUCAUUGAGGGAAAACUUGAGAAAUAAAACUAUAAUAGAAUUUCCCACAUUAUAUGUAGUGAUAAAACAUCAUUCUGACAUGUAUGAGAUUAUAGACACUGAUGAAGAGACAAGUGAUAUAGAAUAUAAGAGUCAUACAGCAAGGAGAAAAAAUAUUGAUAAAUCUACUGAAAAGGAAAAAGAAAGCAAACCAGUAAAUUAUUUCUUCAAUGAUUUUUCGGAAUCUGAUGAUGAGAAAAUUGAUGGAUCGCAUGAAAACAAACAAUCAAAUAGUCUUAAUAUACCUCAUUAUGAACAAUUGUCAAAGACUAGUUCCUCAUCUUUAUGAUAGUGAUGUAUAAAUAUUGGUUGCUGUUAUUUUAAAUAUUCAUAUACGUACCCAGAUAUUUUUAUUGUAAAUACAUCAUCGUUAUAGUUUUGAUACAAUUAAAAUACAUACAAAUAUGAUUAACACUAACGAUGUGUAUGGCCGACUAUAGUACACGUUUUUUUAUUUCCUUCCCUUUGAAUAUAUACAUACACACAUACAUAUAUCAUAUUAUAUAUAUAUAUGUACCUGAAUAUCACCCAAAAAUGUAGAACCAUAAUUGAUAAUAAAUAUUCUUUUAAAAUUACUAACUUUCUCUUAUACUCGUAUAUGCCUACUAAAGGUCAUAUAUAUGCUAUGUGACUUAAAUAAAUAUGUAAGGAAUGAGUAAGAUAUGUCAAACGUUUUUUCCUUUUUUUAACGCGAGAUUGUGUAUUUAUUUAGUAUUUUUGAAGAAUUCAUUGAAAUCAGUGAUUGAAUGGUAAUUUAAUAUCAUUCUAAGCAAACUAUAUAAAAGUAUACAUGUAUAUAUUAAACAAAUA